CUCAAUCUCAAUCUAGAUGACGAUAACAAGGUGGGUUUGGUCGCUGAGGGUGCCAUUCAGCGUGUGGUUGGAGUUUUGCAGAGUGAGGGUGGGACACCUAACUGCAGGGCUCUUGCAGCCACCAUGUUGACGAGUCUGGCCGUGGUGGAAGUUAACAAGGCCACCAUUGGUUCCUACCCUUUUGCUAUUAAAGCUCUGGUUUCGCUUCUUCGAGAUGGCAGCAGCAGAGAAAAGAAACAAGCAGCCACCGCUCUUGAUGCCCUUUGUUCAUUCCCCGACAAUAAGAAGAGAGUCGUCGAAUGUGGGGCGGUGCAAAUUUUGAUCCAAAUGGCUGAUUCUUGGGUCGACAGGGCUUUUGAAGUUCUGAGUCUCUUGGCUAAAUGCAAGGAAGGCAGAGAAGAAAUGGCGAGGUUUGAUGGUUGUGUUCCAAUUUUGGUUGGAGUGUUAAGGAACGGAACUUCACGGUCCGUACAGCACGCCCUAUCCGCUUUGAUUUCGAUCUGUUCUUACAGUGAACAAGUGGGUUCGGAGGCUAGGAGGGAAGGGGUUGUAGAUAUUUGUUUGGGAUUGUUGGAUGAUGAGAGUGAAAAGAUUACGAGAAAUGCUUCGAGUUUAAUUCAAGGUCUGCGGAAGUACAAGCCCACGAGCUGAUUCGCCCUUAAAUUUUUACAUUUAUAGGGAAACUUUGUGAGCAACGAAGCGAAAGAGCUCGGCUUUGGGGAGGAGCAAGGACGCUUUUUCCUUCUUCUUCGUACUUCACUUGUGGA